GUUUUACUGAAUUUUAAAUUGUUAUUCAAGCAUUUUUUAUAAAUAUUAAAAUUUUCUUAAGACAAUUAAGAUAAGUGAUAAAUGACAAACACUCGCCCACUGUCCUUCAGAGGAAAGACGCCGUAAACCGGAAUUAUUCUCAGAUUUCACAGUUGGAAAAUGAGGCUGCAGAUAUAUAUUUUAUUUUUGUUUCUUGCAUUGGCUGUUUCCCAAAGAAACUAUGACUGUUUUACAGAAAAUGCAAGAAAAGGUCAUGGAACUCAAAAUCCUCAAGUACCCCAAAUAUUGAACUCACAGUUGCAGUCCUUGUUCUCACAGAUAUUUUCCAUGUCCCAAUCUAAUCGUCAGACAUCUUUGCAGCAACUCUUUCAAAAGCUAGCGACUUUAUUGGAACCAUUACUACCCUUCGUCAACAUCCUACUCUAUCAAGUGACAGAGCUUUUAAAAACAAUCUCUAAAGAUUUAGUUGAUGUCGUGAAAAAGUUGGUGGCUCUUCUUGAAGCGACGCUUCCAAACUGGAGGAACAUUUUAAAAGAACUGGUUGGAGCUCUUCUGAAUCUGAUCAAGGAUUACUUACCGCAGUUAUAUCCAUUGCUAAGGGAAGUCAUCAAAGUGGUUACGUCACUGCUCAAUGUUUUGCUUGAUGAAAAUUUCCUCAAUCUCGGUGAGUUGCUUCAACCACUGGUGCAGCAGGCCAGCGACGUACUUCAACCGUUGGAGAAGCCAGCCAGCAACUUACUUCAACCGUUGGUGAAGCCAGCCAGCCGUUUACUUCAACCAUUGGUGAAGCCAGCCAGCAGUUUACUUCAACCAUUGGUGAAGCCAGCCAGUAACCUACUUCAACCACUGGUGAAGCAAGCCAGCAGUUUACUUCAACCAAUGAAGCAGCCGGCCAGCAACAUGUUUAAUCAAAUAUCAUAGCGUAUCUUAUACUUAUCCAAGAUAACCGUGAAAGAUUGGAAAUUAAGAGAAAGUAAUGAUAAAUAAUGACACUAUUGGUUAAGUUUUUGAUAAGUAAAAUUGUUUUGCAAUGAAUGACUGAAUGCUUUGACAAGUAAUUGUGAUAAAUAUUAAAUAUGAAA